CGAUUAUUAUGGGAAAGGCUGACAUAGAGAAUAUACUCAUGGUUAAAACAAUUCUGCGAUGGUUUCAACUGAUGUCGGGUCUACAAAUUAAUUUCAGCAAGAGCAGCAUUUAUGGAUAUAAUGUUCCAACGAGAUGGCUUGAAGGAUCAGCAAGUAUGUUGCGAUGUGGAGUUGGAAAAUCACCUUUUAUUUAUCUGGGAAUGCCUGUUGAUGGAAAUCCAGGGAAUAGGAAACUAUGGGAACCGGUGAUAAAAAAAUUUCGUGCUAAACUUGCUGUCUGGAAAGCUGCUUCGCUGUCCUUCGGUGGCCGCCUCACUUUGCUUAACUCGGAUUUGCGUAGGAAAAAUUGGGCACUAUUGGGGAAAUGGUGGCACAGAUUUGGGGAUGGGGUAGAGAGCCUGUGGAAAAGGGUACUAACAGAAAAAUAUUAUGAAGGCAAAUGGAAGGAGGUGGAUAUUAAGGCUAUUGGGAAUUGGAGAGUAUCUAAGCUUUGGAGAGAUAUUAUUAGUAUAGGAGGGCGAUCGAUGGGACUACAGAGUAUGUUGGUAGAGGGGUUUAGAUGGGAAGUGGGUGAAGGAAAUCGGGCGGGUUUUUGGAGAGAGUGGUGGAUAGGGGGGAAAAAUUUAAGGGAUCUAUACCCAAGGCUGUAUGCACUGUCUAUGAAUAAGGAGGGUAAUAUUUGUGAAAUGGGGGUAUGGGAAAAGGAAAAUUGGAGUUGGAAACUAGAAUGGAGGAGGGAGAGAAUAGGACGAGAGAAGGAUGAGGAGGAGGUGUUGUGGGAGAAGUUGGGUAAUUUGCAAUUAAAGAAGGGUGUUGAAGAUCGUUGGAGGUGGCUUCAUGAUCCAGAUGGUAGUUAUAUGGUGAAGAAGGCUUAUGAAUUUUUGGCCCCUUCGGAGGGUAUCUUAGAGGAUCAGUUGUGUAAGGUGAUUUGGUGUAGAUUAGUACCAUCCAAAGUGUCUUUCUUUGGAUGGCGUUUAUGUCUUGAUAAGCUUCCAACUAAGUGGAACAUUAGAAAGCAAGGAGUGCAUUUACAGGAAAAGGAAUUAAUGUGUGUUUUGUGCCAUAACAUGAUUGAGGAGGCUAACCAUUUAUUUAGUAUGUGUAAGGAAGCAUGGAUUUUGUGGACAGAGGUGCUGCAGUGGUGGAACAUGAAGACAGUAAUGCCAAAUACCGUACGAGGAGUAACAGACAUUUUUGUAUACGAUUUGGGUAGGGUAGUAGGGAAGGAGAUGGGUGCUUGUAUCUUUCUUGCUGUAUCAUGGUAUUUAUGGUAUUGGAGAAAUGGUAAGGUAUUUGACAAUGAAGCUAUCAACAGGGGAAGAUUACUAGAUAUGAUUCAAGCCAAAUCAUUUUUAUGGAUCAAGAAUAAGGUAAAUGGUUGUGCCUUUUCAUUUAAUGAAUGGAAGGUUAAUCCUGUAGCAUGUGCACUGUCAAUGAGAAGCCACAAACAAGCAAUGAAAUUGUUUCAUAAACAACAAAAAGAAGGCUACACUGCAGAACGGAGUGCAAGAUGAAAUUUGUCUAGGGCAUGAAGGCUUGAGCAAGUAUUUUACUGUAGCAUGUUAGUUAAGCUGUAGUAAAUACAUGCUCAACGAUUUUGAGUGUCAGUGGAUUUGAAAAGUGGAAGCUUUUUGAUGCUCAGAACAAGGAGUUUUGUAAAUCUGUAAAGGAGGACAUAAAUUCGACACAGGUAU